CCUGGUCUCGUGACCCAGGGGCCGGGCGUAACUUUGGAUGGGAGUUACAGUCUCUCUCUCAAAUAGACCAGCUUGAUAAACAGAGGCGAGUUGGACAGGCAGGCAGGCCAGGACAGGAAAGCUGCCAGAGCCCAGCCAGACAAGCCAUCAUGCACGGAGCCAAAGGCAGCAUGACGGUGACAGGAGACUCUUCGGAGCUCGAGUGGGCUAUCCAGACCCUGGUGAAAAAUUACGAGAAAUAUUCCGGCAAAGGAUGUUGUUGCCGCAGACGGCGAGGGAUCAGCAAAUCCGACUUCAGGAAGAUGCUUAGCCACGAACUGAACCACAUGCUGACGGACACCAAGAACAGGCAGGCGGCCGAUAAACUGAUCUGCGACCUGGAUGAGAAUCAGGACGGGGAGAUCAACUUCGACGAAUAUUGGAACUUGAUCGGGGGCAUCGCCAGCCCCAUCUCCUGCCUGAUCCGACAGCAGGAAGAGAAUGAGAAAUUCAAAAAAUAAAGACCAC